CCGGGUCAGAGCCGUUAGCAUCCUUCGUGAUGAUCUCCCGGUGUCCCCGUCCGGUUAGCAUCUGACAUGAACAAGGCCAAACCGUGAAGCCAAGCCGAACCCUGAAGAUCUGGAUUCAUACCUGGAUUCACACCUGAGAACAUUUGACUUCAGCUGCCGCGAGUGUCGGAUUUUAAAGGAAACAGCAGAGCCAGAACAGGACGCUUCAGAGAAAUCCAGAGUGUCAGGCUGAACUGGAUUCAAUGUUCAGCAGAUGGACACUGAUGACGUCCUUCUCCUCCUGUCCUGCAGAGGGAGCCAGAUCGGGAGGAGCAGCCUGAAGACAACAUGCCCCCGAAGUUUAAACGACACCUGAACGACGAUGAGGUCACGGGAUCAAUCCGCAGUGAGAGGAGGAACCUUCUGGAAGAGGACUCUGAUGAGGAGGAAGACUUCUUUCUGAGGGGGCCCACGGGACCCAGAUUUGGACCUCAGCACGACAAACUGAAGCAUGUGCAGUCUCAGGUGGACGAGGUGAUUGAUGUGAUGCAGGAGAACAUCUCUAAGGUGAUCGAGAGAGGAGAGCGACUUGACGACCUGCAGGACAAGUCAGAGAGCCUAUCAGACAACGCAUCAGCCUUCAGCAGCCGAGCCAAACAGCUGCACAGGAGAAUGUGGUGGAGAGACAUGAAGAUGAAGAUCAUAAUUGCUCUGGUAGUCGUUGCUCUGCUGCUCAUCAUCAUCAUUCCUGUGAUCCUCCGAUACCGCUAGUGUCUGACCAGGAGAAUGAGGAAUCCCCUCCUCUCCGUCUCUCUCUCCUCUGCACACAGUCCUUCACUCCAGCUAGGGGGCACCAGUCAGCCUCCCUCUCCCCCCUCAGUACCCCCCUGUACACUGAACUCCUCCUUAGUGCAGAUCUUAUUAAAACAUGCUGAGAUCUGAGCUGAGGGUCGGUUUGAGUCCUAGUUGCAGAAAGGGAUCAUGGGAAAACUGGGGAGGUAUUUUAAUGCUGCCUCAUGAAGGAGAGCUCAUCGUAAACGUCACAUUUAGAGUCUGCUGUACACAAAGGGAAACUCUUCAUAGGUAGAAAUUUAACUCUGCAGCUGAUGAACCUCAGAUGUCUACCCUUGAUGCCUUGUGUGGCGCCGUCAGAGCGGCGACAUUUAAAGGGAACAUUUUAAACACAAGGUGAGGGAACAUAUGAAGGUCAUCUGCUCGCUCUGAGUCUUUAGAUGGUCCUGAUUUCUGCACCAGCUCUGCAUAAUGUUUAUGUUUUACUGACAUUUAAGGCGUUUCACCAGCUGAGACCGUUCUAAUUUAGGUAAAAGUCACACUUUAAAGCCUGAUUCAUACUUCUUGCAUCAGAUCUGUGCUGUAGUAUACACCCUUGAUUUUCAACUGGAGAGUCUUUUAUCUUUCAUCCAUCUCAAACUGACCAAAUGUAUGAUAGAAAAAGUGAAGGUUGGUGGGUCAUGAUGCUAGAACCACUGGUGUCUUUGAGGAUCAUUAGAUCUGUGUUGUUAUUUCAAAUUAGGAAUUGCAAGUGCAGCUCAAUGGUCAUCUCCCUGCUCAGGAUUUUAAUCAUCUUGGCAUUCUCAUCUUUGCAUUCCACGGUGAAUGCAGCCCUGAACCCUAAAUGAAGCCGACGCACAUAGUCGAUGUGAACAUCUUCAAAAAUAUAACUGCUGUGAUUGGUCAGCCUGUCUGAGUAAUGUCUGCAGAUCCAACUAGUAAGCUCUACUCACUGACAUCUGAAAAUAUCAGUCAUGCAUCUCUCUCUCAGUAGAUGAACAAGUGAAAAAAUCCCCCAUCCUCUGCCUCAGCUGCUUCCAUUAAUCAAUAUCUAACAUAUGCAACUCGUUUGGGUGGAGAAUACACAUAGACACACCAUCACACUGACUAACAGUGCUCCCAAUGGUGUUGGUCCGUUUGGUGUACGUUUGAUGCAGACUUUAAUUUUCACCUCGCUCUUUGUCGGUGCUCCGCUUCAGCAUCUCCCCAAACAUCAGACCUCAUCUCCUCCAUCCUAAUAUCUGAACUUGUCUCUAGUCCGGGUUCUAAUCAGACAUUUGAAUUUAUUAAUCCAUUUACCACACAGUAAUUCACCAGCUCAUUGUUCCAGUCUGUCUGUAGGGAUGUACCCUGCUAUCAUUAGACUGAUACGGAGACAUUAGGGUGUUAGGGAUCAAGGAUGGAAGAUUAGAGUCUGUUUUGAAGGGUUUUAUCCACUCUUGGCCCCUUAUUUACAGCCAAAAACCACGUUUUAGUCCCUUAAAGUAGUUUUACAUGGAUUCUUCAUAUUUGACAAACACCUGUCGACUAUGUUUAGGCCCCAGGAAGUCACAUGGCCCCAGGACCAAUAGGUAAAGCUGCCCAUGGACUUAAGACAGAGCUUACACAGAGCUGGUGCAACAGGAACAUAGGAGACUACCCGUAAUUCUUAGGGAUGUUUAAAGGGAACAUAUUUUAGCUGAGAGAACAUGUACUUGUCUUUGGAUCCUCUUGGCUUCACGUGCCCGUCAUGUUUCCCGGUCAGCUCAGAUUUGAAAGCCCAUCUGCUCGCCUCCAUAAAUCUCUUCUUCUACCGUACCGCCGCGCUGUCAUACCCAAACAUCCAGGUUAUGAAUGUGUCCUCUCCUUCCUGCAGCUCCAUGCCGAGCUCUGGACCUGUUUGGUCACGGCUGGCGGCUGUUUGGUUUUAAAGUGGUCUUUAAUACGGCUUCUGUGUUGUCCACUCGCUCGGUGUGAUGCUGCGUGGACCUUUGGUCUCUGCACUGGAUGCUGAGCCAUGGAACAAACCUGAUUUAACUGUAUAAAACACAAAUCUCCAUUUUAUUAUUUGAAUGUAACUUAUUUAGCUGUACAUAUUGAUUCUACGGAUGUAUAAUACUCUGACACUGCAUUGGAAGACUGUGAGAUCCUUUUUGCUCUGAAAUAAAGUGGUUUAAAAGUG